UCGGUUUUUAUUUCUGUAAACAAUUCAAGUCAAGUCAAAAAUCGAAUCAACUAUCAAGAAUCAUGCUGUUAUAUUGUUGACAAACAAUAAGUUGAUCAAUAUUACCAACAGCAACAACAACAACAACAACAAUCAUCAUCAUGUUACCAACAAAUGAAAUUGUAUUGAAAAACAAUCCAUUAAAACGUUUUUGGAAUGAAAUACGAGAAUUUUUGAUAAUCAAAGAUUAUAAACAACAACAAUUACCAGCAUGUCGUCCAUUAAUAACAUUUCAUUCAGUGUUUGCAACAUUUCUAAUAACAUCGAUUUCAUUGUUAACCAUUGGCAUCGGUUUCAUGUGCAUAUCAUAUUAUGGUGAUCAAAUAUUUCGUAUCGAUUACACGGAUUGUAUACCAUUGUCAGGUAGCCGAUCAUGUUCACAAAUAUUAACCGAUUGGCGUAAUAGAUUUGAUGGCCGAUGGCCACCACCUGAAUGUAUUUGUUGGUACAAAUUUAAUCUACCAGAAUCAUUACAUUCAAAUGUUUAUGUUUAUUAUGCAUUGAAAAAUUAUUACCAAAAUCAUCUUCAUUAUACUAGAUCAAAAGAUUUUUCACAAUUUCAUGGCUAUCCAAGUUUACAUUCUGAUUGUGAACCAUUUCGUUAUAAAUUGGUUCGAUCAAUAAAUAAUAACAAAAAUGGAACAUAUGGUAACUGGGAAUAUCGUGGCAUCGUUCCGUGUGGUACACGUGCCAAUAGUUUAUUCAAUGAUACCUAUACAUUGUGGUUUAUGGAUCAUGGAAAUCGUACAAUACGAACAGUGCCAUUAAGUCGUACAAAUAUUGCCUGGCCAGUGGAUAGAGCCAUAACAAAUGCAAUUGAUUAUGAUGUUUUCCGUAAUUUUACUAAUCCACCAUAUUGGGGUAAUAAAACAAUAUUGGAUCUGGAUCCAAUGAAUCCAGACAAUAAUGGUCUACAGAAUGAAGCAUUAAUUGUUUGGAUGCGUGUGGCAGCGUUUCCUGAUUUUCGUAAACUUUAUGCACGAAUCAUUCAUCGUCCACGAUCAACGUUUGCACGAUCAUUGCCAAGUGGUCCAUAUUAUCUGAAGAUUGAUUAUAAUUAUCCUGUCAAAGAAUUUCGUGGCCGUAAAAUUUUCAUGCUUGCCAAUACAAAUAAAUAUAUUGGUGGUCCAUAUGCAUUUUUAUCGAUCAUUUAUUUGGUAGUCGGUUGCGUUUGUUUUGUUUGGACAUGUAUUCUGUUUGCUUUUCAACGACGAUUCGGUAAAAGUGAUCGUGAAUUAUCAAGGAUCGAUGUUCGUACACCGUAUCUAUAUGAUUCGGAAUAUGAAUCACAACGAAAAUAUCAACGACAGAAAAUUAAACGCCAACAUCAAUAUAAACGGCAACAGCCAAAUUUUGAAUUGAAUUAUCGAUUUUGAUCAUUAUUUCUAUAAUAUCUGUCUGGCUCUAUGUGGUUAUCGUUUGUAAAUACCAGCUACCACAGAAUCCAAGGCGACAUUUUUUUCUUUUCCUGUCCACCUCUCUUUAUGAUAAAAUACCAGAGCCAGACACACUAUAAUGAAUAAUUCAACGAGAAUUUAAAUCGGAAAAAAACCAAGACUGCUUUUUUUUGCAAUAAAAAAUG